UAGAAGAAAGUUUCAAUGCAAAAACCAGAAGAAAGAGAAAGAAAGAGAAAAAAAAAGAGUUGGUUACUAACCAGUAGAGACAAAGAGAGAGUUAGAGAGAGAAAGAGAGAGAGCCUUUUUUUUGGGUAAUAGAGAGAGAGAGAGAGAGAGAACUUGGCUUGUGGUUUGUUCGUCCUUCUUUACUGUUAGGGGAUAGAGAAAGAUAGUUAAUUGUCGUGGUGGUGUGGUUGGUGGGAAAGAAUAAAUGCAGUGGAAGAGAAACAGGGCCUACAUGGUGCUGAGAGACAGAGAAAGGGAAAGAGAAAAGAGAGAGAUAGCCAGAGAGACAAUGGGGUUUCUUUGUUAAUUUCAUAUCAUUGUUUUUAUAUAGAGAGAGAAAGAGCAACUCUGUGAAAUACAGAGGGGAGAGAGAGAGAGAGGGAGUAAAGAGAAAGAGUGAAAUUAACAUGCACGUGGUUCAGCUUCAGUUGGGUGGUGGUGGCAAAAUGCUUUGUAUUUGAAGGCUUUUAUAAUCUGGGUUUUUUUUUUUUUUUUUUGUUUUUUUGUUUUUUUGUUUUUGGUUCCUUUUUCUUUAAUUUUAUUAAAUUUGGCUCUCAUUGCCUCUGACCUGUUUUUCUUUGCAGUCAAGGCAGAGAAACGAAGCUAACCAUUUUUACUAUUUUUUCCCCCAUAACUCUUUGUCUACUACCUUCAUUCAUUCCUUUCACUAUCUCUCUCUAUCUCUUUCUCUCUCUCUCUCUCUCUCUUUUGCAAAGCUUGAAUCUUUUAACAAUUUUGAUUCAAUCCCAGAAAAGGAAAAAAGUUGAAAAAGGCUGUGGAUCUUUUGCUUCCAGAAGAUAUUGACAACGGGUACUUAUAUUUCUGAUUCUUUCUUUGCCGAAAAUGUGUUUAAAUUUUCAGUGUUUUCCUCAGUUCCAUUAAGUACCCAGAAGGUAGAAAAAUGUUGUUAUGCGGUCAUGAUCGCGGUGUUGUACUUUUUUUCCUGGAAAACUCAGCAAUCAAUCAGGAAAAUCUUUGCAACACUACGACCCAACUAGCGGAGGAAUUGGGAUCUACCCAGAAUCGGAUUCAACUACCAUAAUGCCAAACGGGUAACAAAAUUCCUAUUUAACCACAAACCCUUUUUUUUCUUUUCGAGCAUGAGAAAGCUCCAUUUUCUCCGUCUUUGUCAUGCUCUUCUUCUGUGCUUACUUUCUUGCUUCCUUGGAAUCCAUACGGUUUUAACUCUAACUGAGAAAGAGAUUCUGCUUCAAUUCAAAGGGAAUGUCACAAACGAUCCGUACAAUAGCUUGGGCAGGUGGGUUCCAAGUGGGAAUCCUUGCUUGGAUUACAGUGGUGUGUUCUGUAAUCCUGAAGGGUUUGUAGAGAAGAUUGUUUUAUGGAACACUAGCUUGGCUGGAGUGUUGUCUCCGGCUUUGUCGGGGUUAAAAUCUUUGAGGAUUUUGACAUUGUUUGGGAAUCAAUUCAAGGGAAAUAUCCCACAAGAUUAUGCUGGCAUUCAAACAUUGUGGAAGAUUAAUCUGAGCUCCAAUGCUUUAUCCGGGUCGAUCCCGGAGUUUAUUGGCGAUUUAUCUAACAUUAGGCUUUUGGAUUUGUCAAGGAAUGCCUUUUCUGGGAAAAUUCCAUCAGCUUUGUUUAAUCAUUGUUUGAAAACCAAGUUUGUUUCUCUGUCUCAUAACACUCUCUUCGGUUCCAUUCCUGAAUCAUUGGCCAAUUGCUCCAACCUUGAAGGGUUUGAUUUCUCAUUCAAUGAACUAAAUGGUGGCAUUCCUGCUCGAAUAUGUGAUAUUCCGAGGUUGGAUUAUGUUUCAAUGAGAAGCAAUUUAUUAUCAGGUAGUGUCGAGGAACAAUUUUCCGCAUGCCAGAGCUUGGAAGUGUUGGAUCUUAGUAGCAAUUUGUUUACUGGGUCUGCCCCUUUUCAGCUUCUUGGAUCGAAAAAUCUUACCCAUUUGAAUGUGUCAAAUAAUGGGUUUACUGGAAAGCUUCCUGAUGUGACAACUUGUAGUGAGAGAAUGGAGAUUCUUGAUGCUUCGUGGAAUGAUUUGGAAGGGGAAAUUCCUCUGAGCAUUACAAAUUGUAGACGCAUUAAGCUUUUGGAUUUUGGGUCUAACAAGCUUACGGGGACUAUUCCACCUGGGCUUGGAGAUCUAGAGAAUCUUUGGGUGAUCAAAUUAGGUAAUAAUUCAAUAACCGGGACAAUUCCUAAGGAGUUAGCUAGCAUUCAGCUGCUUCAGGUUUUGGAUUUGCACAGCCUCAACCUCGCCGGGGAAAUUCCAAGCGAUGUAAGCAAUUGCAGAUAUCUUCGAGAGCUGGAUGUUUCUGGUAAUGCUCUGGAGGGAGAGAUUUCUAAGAACCUUUACAACAUGACUAACCUUGAAAUACUGGACCUGCAUCACAACCGGUUAAAUGGAAGCAUUCCACCUACCCUUGGAAACUUGUCAAAAUUAGUUACUCUUGAUCUCUCUGAAAAUUCACUUUCUGGGCCAAUCCCUUCUUCUCUUGGAAACUUAACAAAGUUAACCCAUUUGAAUCUUUCGUUUAAUAAUCUCUCAGGGACUAUUCCUACAAAUAUCCAGAAUUAUGGUGCAUUAGCGUUUUCUGACAACCCAUUGCUCUGUGGUUCUCCUUUGGACAAGUCAUGCUCAGCAAGUGGCAAUAAUACAAAUUCCGGGUCAAAAAAAACCAAGCAACUUACUGUAUCUGCCAUUGUUGCAAUUGUUGCUGCUGCAGUGAUCUUUACAGGGGUGUGUCUGGUUUCCAUUAUAAACAUUAUGGCCCGGCGGAAGAAGAAAGACAAUCAGACAAUGUUUGUUGAGAGCACACCUCUCGGUUCAACUGAGUUGAAUGGUAUAAUUGGGAAAUUGGUUCUUUUCAGCAAAAGUUUACCAUCAAAGUAUGAAGACUGGGAGUCUGGCACAAAAGCUUUGCUCGAUAAGGAAUGUCUAAUAGGUGGUGGAUCCAUUGGUACGGUCUACAGAACUACUUUUGAAGGUGGAGUCUCAAUUGCAGUGAAAAAACUCGAGACUCUGGGAAGAAUCAGAAACCAAGAUGAGUUUGAGCAUGAAAUUGGACGGCUAGGCAAUCUUCACCAUCCCAAUUUGGUAGCUUUUCAAGGAUACUAUUGGUCCUCAACAAUGCAGUUGAUAUUAUCUGAAUUUAUCACAAAUGGGAAUUUGUAUGACAACCUGCAUGGUCUUCACUAUCCAGGCACCAGCACCGGCGGUGGCAAUAGUGAAUUGUAUUGGUCUAGGAGGUUUAAGAUUGCUCUUGGAACAGCAAGAGCCCUUGCCUACCUUCACCAUGACUGCAGACCUCCAAUUCUCCAUCUGAACAUUAAAUCAACUAACAUUCUGUUAGAUGAGAAUUUCGAGGGAAAGUUGUCUGAUUAUGGGUUGGGAAAAUUGCUUCCUAUCUUGGACAAUUAUGGUUUAACCAAAUUCCACACUGCUGUAGGCUAUGUUGCACCAGAGUUGGCUCAAAGUUUGAGAUUGAGUGAUAAAUGCGAUGUCUAUAGCUUCGGAGUAAUUCUUCUAGAGCUAGUCACUGGUAGGAAACCAGUUGAGAGUCCAGCAGCAAAUGAGGUUGUAAUUUUGUGUGAAUAUGUAAGGGGAUUAUUGGAGAGUGGUUCUGCUUCAGAUUGCUUUGAUAGAAGCUUGCGUGGUUUCGUAGAGAACGAACUGAUUCAGGUCAUGAAGUUGGGGCUGAUUUGCACGUCCGAGGUUCCUUCAAGAAGACCAAGCAUGGCUGAGGUUGUUCAGGUUCUUGAGUCCAUUAGAAAUGGAUCAGAAUCAUAGUAAUCAAAAUGAAAAUCAACUAGUCAAAUUCUUUACCUCAGAGUUGGAGUAAUAAUGCAGCUUAUCAGAGCAGCGGUCACUGAUAGUUUUUUAGCCUGAUCAGAUUUUAAGCCACUUCAUGGAGAGGGUAAAAAAGCUUCAAUUUACAUAGGAACACAGAAAAUUCUUUUGCAUUCAAUUGGGGUUAUUAUACUCGAUUGUUGUUAAUAUUUGUAAUUCUUGUAAUAAAAAAACCCAUUUGUUUAUUGCAUCUUAUUCUUAGUAGAAUAAAUUUUUUUUCCCGGUUUCGUUUAUAAGCAGGUGAGAGGAGAGAGAGGAAAAUAGAAGGGCUGCAAGUCAGAGAACCUCAGCAACAUUGUAAACAAAACCAGUAAUUUGCAAAAAUUAUGUUACAUUUUCUGGUUACCAUUUGAAAGUCCUUCCAAUGGGAGAUGGUUUCUUGGGGUUUUGAAUAGUUGAAUCUGUGUCCUGGUAGUGGGAGAAAAAUAUGUAAAAUCUCACUGUUCAACACUUUUGUUGUCGGUUCAAAGUGAAUGGUGAAGAAUCUUCAGCCUUCCACUGGUGAUUUUGUGCAACCAAACCCAGACACAAUUAUCAGAACAAAAUCUCUUUUUAUGGUGUUAAAGUGUUUGUGGUGGGGCAAUUGGUGAUGAUACUUUUAUAUAAGAUGACUUGAAACUGAAAGCCAUGGGUCAAAUCAACCUUGGGAUAUUCAUAGAAUUAAUCAGGAUAGCCAUCGAUUGCUUUCAGCCACGUUUAAAGUAGUAAAUAGGAUUACAGAUUCUUUUAAUAGGAGGCAGUCAAAGAAAUUUAUUAUUGUUAUUA